UUCACAGAGGUACUUAAACGUUUCCGCAAAAGCAAAAUGGUGGAUUUGUUAUCAUCCUUGGCGCCCUGCAAAAUAAAAAAAAUCAGUCUGUAUAUACUAUCCUAGAGGCGUUGCACACUACAUAACCAUGUUUAAGAAAGCUAAGAGGUGCAAUUUCAGGCGGAGGAAUGAAUCGGACGACGAGGAGAAAGAGGAGGUCCAGCAGUCCGGCGGGCCCGGGGCUGAAGAGUCGGCGAACCCGAGCGAGUCCAGCACUGGUCCCGCUCCUGGAGCAAACAUGCUGAACAACCACGGGAACGGGUUUCAGCCCGGUGCUGUUAAGGUCAAUAAAGACCUUAAGAAGAGAAAGAAGGAGAACCGAGAGGAACCUAAAGCGAGUCUGCUGAGCUUCCACGACGAUGAAGAUGACACUGAUGUGUUCCGUGUGAAGAAAUCCUAUCACAGCAAGAAGAUCGUCAAGCAGCUGAAGAAAGAAUACAAGGAUGAUUUGGAAAAGACCACCACUGCCAUACCAGAGCAAAGCACACGCAUUGGUGGACCUGCUUAUAAUCUGUCAAUUAAAGAGGAGCCCUUAGUGGGCAGCAGAGCCAGCAGUGAACAGGGAGAAGAAGAAAUGGAGGUGGACAGCAAUGAGGAACAGGAAGAGGAGGGCGAGCAAAGGUCUGCGGGUGGAGCCUUUAGCCAAACUCUGUCUGCCCUCAGCUCACUUAGACCAGGUGAGAUCCCCGACGCGGCCUUCAUUCAUGCAGCUCGUAAACGUAGGCAGAUGGCUCGAGAGCUUGGGGGUGAGGCUCCGUUGAUCGAGAAUGAAGCGACGAACAAGCGCCUUGUUCACGAAGAUGAGAACGGCGGCAGUGACGACGAUGAAGAUGAGAAGAGAAUCAACUUCAGUGGAGUCAAGAUAAAGACUCAGAGGCAGAAAAUAGCGGAGGAGAUCGGUAUUGAAGGCAGUGAUGAUGAAGCUCUAGAUAAUGGCCAGGAUGAGGAAGUGAAUCGCUGGGAGCAGGAGCAGAUCAGGAAGGGCAUUAGCAUCCCGCAGGUCCAAGCCACCCAAUCCGAGGAUACAACCAUGUAUUACCAAGGCAGUUAUGAUGCGCAGCCAUAUGGAGCGUCCUACGCCAUGCCGUUUAGCUACGCCACCAUCGCAGUUGGAGCCGACAACAGCAAGACUUUGAAAGCAGAGCCCUCAGUUCCUUAUCCCAUUCCCUCUUGUGACCUGACCCCUAUAACCACAGAUCUGGUAAAGAAACGUCUCAAAGACAGGCUGAGCUUCAUGCGCCAGGGGCACAAUUCCAAUGCCCGGCGCUUUGAGCAGAUCCAGGAGGAGCUGGAGGCCUCCAAAAAGACCAUCCAGCUCCUAGAGGGCUCCUCACAGGAGGCCGCAGACAAAUAUAGAUUCUUGCAAGAAAUGCGAGGGUAUGUUGGAGACUUGCUUGAGUGUUUCAGUGAAAAGGUGCCUGUUAUUCUGGAGCUAGAGGUCGCCAUGCACCAGUUACUUCGGCAGCGGGCGUCCCGUCUCGUCCAGAGAAGACAGGAUGAUAUUAAAGAUGAAUCGUCGGAGUUUUCCAGCCUUUCAAGUAAGGCUGUUAUGGCCCCUAACCUGGACUCAUUCGGUCGAGAUCGCACAGCCUAUCAGGAGCUUGCCAAGCAGAGGAGGAUAGCUGAAAGAGAAGCCAGACGAACCCGUCGGAGACAAGCUCGAGAGCAGAACGGCAAGAGAGCCGAGCAUAAGGAGGGCCUGUCUAGUGAUGACGAAGAGACGUCCACUGACAUCACCAGCUACAACCUAGAGAGAGAUCGCAUUUUAAAUGAGUCAAAGAAGGUUUUUGAGGACGUGGUGGAGGAUUUCCACUCUCUGGACAACAUAAAGUCUCACUUCGAGACCUGGAGAAAGCUGUAUUUUACAUGCUACAGAGACGCCUACAUCGGACUGUGCCUGCCCAAACUCUUUAACCCCCUUAUUCGACUGCAGCUCACCUCAUGGUCUCCAUUUGAGGUGGAGUGUCCCAACUUUGAGUACAUGCUGUGGUUUGAGUCUUUGCUCUUUUAUGGCUGUGAGGAGCAGAGCACUCUAAAGAAAGAGGAAGAGAUAGAUAACAGCCUGCUUCCUGCUAUCGUAGAAAGAGUGCUUCUUCCUAAACUAGCAGUGCUGACGGAUCAGGUGUGGGAUCCGCUCUCUAGCAGUCAGACGUCCAGACUGGUGGCUUUCAUGCAGAGGCUGAUCAAAGAUUAUCCCACUGUGCUGCACGGCGACAACCGCAACACACAAGAGCUUCUAAGGACCAUAGUCAUGCGAAUUCGACGGACUCUCGAUGAUGACAUUUUCCUGCCUCUGUUUCCAAAAAAUGUCAUGGAAAACAAGAACUCUGGUCCUUACCUCUUUUCCCAGAGGCAGUUUUGGUCUUGUGUAAAGUUACUUGGGAAUAUCUUAAUAUGGGACGGGAUCCUGUCUCUGUCAGCGCUGAAGGAGCUCGCCGUAGACAGCACACUAAACCGCUACAUUCUCUCAGCCCUGCAGACCACAGACGCCAGCGAGGAACAUGUGGAGAAAUGCCGCAGAGUGGUGGAGUGUUUUCCUGUGCAGUGGUUCAGCAGUCUGAAAGGACAGCAGACUCUUCCUCAGCUCGAGAACUUCUGCAGAUUUUUGAAACACCUGGCCAGCAGUCUGUACCGCAGCUGCGUGGCUGGAUCAGACGUGGAGAAGAGGACCGUGAGGGAACAAAUAAAGGAUGUGAUUAGGCUUCUGGGACGACUCAACGCUUUAGACCACGUGAUCGCAGUUGCUUCAGAACAUGGCAUUAAAGAUAUAAAGACUCUCCUCGAGAACAAAUGAAAAGCAAACCAAUGGAACACCUCACUGGCCAUUUUUGGAUGGACCACACUGUGUAAAUACUGUGAAUAUUGUACAUUUAUCUGUGUGGCUGAAGGGUUUUCUUUCGAGGCACAUUGGUGGACUCUAGUGAUGUUUCACCUUCAGGAAACUGAAGGUCACUGAUUUGGGUUUGAAGUGUACUCUGCUGUGUUAAGACUUUUGUAGUCCCUUACCUGAUGAGGCGUCACUUCUUUUUACUUUUUUUAAACGGAUGGGAUCUCUUAGUUGGAUCUUUUAACUGUCAAUCACUCUUCAGUACCUGCAAGAAAAUAUAUUGGUUCUGUACACUUUCCCCUCCCUCAAAGGCUGCAGUUUGAGAGCAGGUUGCAUACAGCAUAUUGUCAACAACGUUCAAAAAAUAUUUAUGCACAGCCAUGGGUCAAAUGAUCCAGCAUCUGUGCCCAUCUCAAAAACAGAGUUUGGUCUUGCUCAUGUGCCAACCUCAUCCCUAAUUAAACGAACAUGACAUGCUGGCAAACAAAACCACGUGCUACUUUAAUGAAUGUACUUAUUUUUUGUUGUUUUCCUGAACCUUGAAAUGAUUUGCAUAAAUAAAGUGUUAAUGAUUA